GCCCCGGCGGAGACGGGAGCCGAGCCCGCGGCAGACGCAGCCCCGCCGCGCCAUGGCCGGCCGCCGCCUCCUGGGGCUGCUGCUGGCCUUCGCCGCGCUGCUGGGCGCAGGUCAUGGGGAUGACGCAGAUGACUUCAACCUAGAAGAUGCCCUCGUCACCAAGCGACCCACUCCCAAGGGCCCCAGAAAGCCGGCAGGUGGGACAGACUUCGAUUUGGCUGAUUACUUUGACACGCCUGUGGAGACUACCACCAAACCAGCCAAGCCGACUCCCAAGCCCUUCCCCAGGCCAGGGAAGCCAGACAACAGCUUUUGGGAUGGCAUUCGCACCACCACAACCAAGCAGCCAAAAACAACAAGAGCACCUCCUAAGCGUAACCCAGAAAAGGAUCCUAUGGAUUUUGACUUGGCUGAUGCCCUUGAUGAUAAGAACGAUAGGAAAGAUGGUGGGAGGCCGGAUGUAAGGCCAGGUGAAGGAUUUUCAGAUGAUGACCUGGCCAGCAUUGUGGACGGGGGCUACAGCCCAGACAAGAAGAAGGGUGCCAGCGGCAACACCGACAACAACAACGGAGAGACAGGGAUAGAGACGGGGACAAUCGCCGGCAUUGCCAGCGGCCUGGCCAUGGCGCUCAUCGGGGCUGUCUCCAGCUACAUCUCCUACCAGCAGAAGAAGUUCUGCUUCAGCAUCCAGCAGGGACUGAACGCGGAGUAUGUGAAAGGAGAAAACAUGGAAGCCGUCGUAAGCGAGGAACCCCAGGUUAAAUAUUCAGUCCUGGAAACACAGUCAGCAGAACCACCAAAACAAGACAGUGCGAAGAUACAAAGCGUGACCCAGGGCUAGAAAAUUAUCAGUCAGCAGCAACAGAGAUCUUACAUGCUUGUAAUUUAGCUUUUAAUUUAAUUUGACUCGAAAGCUAUUUAAUGUGUAUUUAGGCUUGAACUGGCUUUUCAUUGCUCUAGGCUUUAGGGUUAGACUGGUAGCAUGUGUUUAUUUUUUGUGAAAAGGUUUAUGUUUACAUUUAAGUAUUAUAGGAUUGGUGUGCAGUUGUAUGGAAAUCCACAGAAGGUGCUUCAGCAGUGGUCAGUUUUCAAGAGCUUACAGGUAUGAGGACAGUGAAGUGCCUGUAAAUAGCAAUCCAAAGCCAAACCUUGCAAAGCCCUCUGCAAAGCGCCUCCAGCCACCUUCUGCCAUCGGGCACUGUCACUUCCAGUGGCAAGGACAAAGCUGCACGUUUCCUGAGGGUGGAUUGCAGUCCUUAGUGUAGCUACACCUGAAAAUGAAGUGCCUAUGGUGGGUCCUUGUGUGGGGCCUUGGGCUGAGCCAGGUGACUCCCUGCUCCCAAGCCACGAGUUGAGGAUGCGUCACUACCACCACCCAGCGCUGGGCUUCUAACCAAAGGACCUGACUUUCAAACCAAGUCACAAAUACAGCUGAUAGCAGUGUGUGCAGUGUUCACUUUUAGGAAAUACCAUUUGAAUGCUCCACUGUGCUGGAGAUCAGAAUGGAGCUGAAGUGAUACAGUCUGCCUUAAGCUGCGCCAGGGGAAGUUUAGGUUAGACAUCAGGAAAAAAUUCUUCACUCAAAGAGUGAUUGGGCACUGGAAUCGUCUGCCCAGGGAGGUGGUGAAGUCACUGUUCCUGGACGUGUUCAAAAAACGACUGGAUGUGGCACUCAGUGCCAUGGUUUAGUUGAUGAGGAGGUGUUAGGUCAUGGGUUGGACUUGAUGAUCUCAAAGGUCUUUUCCAACCUAGUUCUUUCUGUGAUUCUGUCUCUGUGACUUGAGAUACCUAUGUUGUCACCACAAUUAAAGCUGUGUGUGUUUGGAUGCUUUCAAGGAUGGGUUCAGAUCUGUCACACUAGAACAAGUGACACAUUUAACCCAAAAGAAAAUAAACAAAGCAGGUAUCUGUUAAGACCUGUAAUGCUCACUACCACAACAGAAGUCAAGCUUAACAAGAUGCAGUCCCCUCCUUCUUCUUUUAUCAGCAACUAUCGGGAGCGCUCCCAGGCACCCAGAGGCAGAAAAAGCAUUUAAGCUUCACUCCUUGUGUCACCACCAACCUUUAAAAAAGGCAGUAUCUCCUGAGAGGCUGAAUCCUCCGUCACUGUCCUGCAUGGGGUUCCUGCAGCUGCCUGGGAAGCACUGGGCUGUGAGUGGUGCUCAGCAGGACACUGGGCUGCACCAGGACAGUGCACACGCAGCCCCUGCCACGCUGCCAAACCGCUGCCCAGACCCAACCUUCACUUUUUUGCAAGAAUUUCUGUUUAGAUUCCUAAUUCCUCCCCAGCCUUUUUGACUGCUCCUAAAAUGUGGAUAACUGCCACUUUCCAAUACAUUUGUCCAAAUCAAUGAUUGCUUAAAAAGCAUGCUCUCAAGUGAAGGAAAUUUCACUUUAUGUGGUGUAAGAGGUACUCACUAUUUAUAAAUAAACCUGAAAUGUGAGCAUUUUGUAUGGGUUUGCAAAUUCCGUAUUUUAUGAACGCGUAUUAAGAAAACCAAGCCUUUCAGUAUGAUGUACAAAUUCACAGCUUUCAGGCAGACAUGACUUCCAGAAGGCCUUGCCAGGAGGUGAAUGAGCCCAGUAACAGCUCCAUUUGGAAGGAAAUUGCCUAGUAACUUGGUUAAGUAUUUUGCAAUAGCUGCACAAUUCUUUAUGCUCUUUUUAACACUUGCAUUUUUAAAGCCUUAUACUAGCUCUGGCAGAACAGCUACAGUGGUUUAUAAGGUGCCUCACAACUAUUCAGAACACUUAGGCUGCAACAAUACUACUCUGAACUACUGCUGCUUUGUUUUAUGAAUGUGUUUGGAAUAGGAAAGGUUAAUUAUUGGCGCAGAUAAUGGAAGCAUAGGAAGGAGAUGGGAUGCACUUUGUUUACUCCCAGAGAAGGGUCUUCACGAAGGAAGUGUGGUCUGCACAAUUUGCAUGAGGAGCUCAGGUGCUGGCUAAGCCACGCAGCUGAGUUUGUGUAUCUCCAGUCCCAUGCACCAGCACUUGUUCUUUGUUCUUACCCAAACAUUUGAAAGCUGUAGCAUGAAAUAUUUUCUCUAAGUUACUGUAGAUGAAGUGUUACAACAUGGCACUGAUGAUCACCAGAAGCCGUUUUCCCGGCUUAGAUCCAGUGCCUGAAAUUCCACCUUUCCCUUUGCCAGUGACUCUGUUCCUGCAGAUGCAGAUCAUGGGUUUUACCCUGCCCUGUUUGACCAGAGGAGAGUGCAAUAGUCGGUGUGGUUUAAGGGUACAGCACCCACCCCUCCUUUGGGGAACUCUUACACUAGGGCAUAGAGGAAGCACAAGUCUAGUUCAAAAUACUGCAGGUCACAAAUGUAAAAAACAAGGCAGGAAAUGUUUCACUGGAAAAUCCACUGCAGGUUUUGGGACUCAGAAGCCGCAGCUUUUAUUGAAGGCUCUUCUCUGACUUUGGUGCCUACUUACAGCUUAGUGUAAUGUGUAGGUACGUGGAAAUCCACAAAUACAAGUGAAAGAGAACACUUCCAAAGUGACAGAAUUCAAGAUUUCUUUCUCUAGGAUUUCAAAUAGGAAAACACUUGCAAAUCCUGCAGUAGAGAAAUUAGGCUUGGCCUUCUCUUCAAAACUCAACAAAAGUCAGAAUCUUAGUGGCAAAUGUCAGCAAAGGCUCAAAUGAUUUUUUUAUUGCUGUUUGUCCCCUUCCGUCUGAACUGCCAGACCAGUCUCUGAGAAACAGGGAGUUUACACAUCAUCUAUAUUUCAGGCAUUAUAGCAACUGAGAGGUUUCCUGUGUAUUUUUUAGUAGUGAUCUGAGUUCUGCAACAGCUGACCCAGCACUGACCUCUACUUUCAUUUAAUUACUAUAUAUUCACUUUACAUCUGGAUAUGGAUUUUUAAAAAAUCCUGCAUUUAAGCUCUCUAUACAUGGCAUGAACUUUCUUGUCCUUUAUAAAAAAAGGCAAUAAACCACUAGAAAAUUGUUGGGUUUUUUUUUCAUGAGUCUAAAACCUAUAUAUACAGAUGUUCUGGGAGUUUCUGUACUGUGUGCGCUGCGAGCUCUUUUUCUUACGACACCUCACUUCUAAAGCUAAUUUAAAGGGCAAUAAAACGAUCCAGCAAAGGUUUGUCAAAGGUUUGACAGAGAAAAGGGAGAAUUGAAAGAAUUCAGCUGGCUCUUUUCCUGUUUAUUCUUUCAAUUACUUGCAUUUUCCUUUGGCAGUAUGUUUCAGAUUCCUCAGCUGAGAAUACUCUGACAUGAAUUUCAGAUCUUUUUGGCACUACAAACUCAGUCAUUUUCAUGCAACCCCACUAACGAACCCUUACAAGUGCUCCAUUGUCAUCCUUAACUACUCAUUUGUUGUGAUAAAAGUGGAAUUAGUCCAUAAUACCAUUUCAGACUCUGAGAAAGAAGGAUGAGUCGGUAGGCUGAGGUUUUAAAAAUUGCCUCUCUAACAGGUGAGGUUCAGGAACAAACAAAGUUCAGAAACAAUGGGGUUGUGAAAUUAGAGAACCCUUUCUUUUGAGUGAUGUUCUAACUUAGAAGCAAGACAGAUUCCUUGCUGCUGAACAAGUGACCUGUACCAAAUGAAGGUUGAAUGUUAUACUGCAAGAAAAUACAUUUUGUUAAUGUGCAUGUUAAGGGUCAUGGGGGUAAAAAACAGAAUUUAACUGCCUUUGGAAAACACCAAAUAAACCAAGUUGACUAGAAAGACUUAA